AUGGCAUCCACCGAAGAGCCUGUUCCGACUUCUUCUGAUGUUGACGUCGAAAAUGCGCCUCCGGCUACCCCAGUAGACACCACCGCUUUGUCCGGAGGUGAAGAAGUUACUAAGUCUAGCCCCGAGGCAUCCAAGGAAAACACCCCGGCCUCCCCCGCCAAAAGUACUGCCGGAGCUACCACUACGUCGAAACGUCCAGUCUCAAGCUCUACGACCGCUAAGCGGCCUACCUCGUCCUCCACUGCGACGAAAACCACAACUUCGACUACACGUGGCACGACCUCGAGCAGCACACUGAACAAGCCUCCUACUCGACCCACUACCACUACCUCCGCCUCUAGAAAACCUUUGACUACAACCAGACCCUCUUCUCACCGGUCCCAGGCCUCGGUGAGUAGUUCCGCGGACGAGAAACGUUCUGUCGCCAGCUCUGGAGAUGAGAAACGGGGUAUCUCGAGCACCGCCAAGCGUAUGUCGAUGGCGGGCACCGCGUCCACACGCACCCCUUUGAAGACUUCUUCUACUCUCGACCGCCGAUCAAGCGUGACCGGCUCUGCUGUGGACCGGAAGACCGCCACCUCUACCACUGCCCGGAAUACAACCUCCACUACCAGGCCCGUGGGGAAGCUUACCUCUGCGACAACGCCAGCCAGCCGAGCCACUCCCUCUUCCACAUCUACCACCCGGACUGCCACUCGCCCUACUUCGACCACCGCCACCGGGCGGUCUGUCGCUUCUUCGGCAACAGAUCCCAAAAAGCGUCUGAGCACUAUGUCCAGUUCCGCCACUAGAACUAGCGGGGCCGACGAAAAACUGCAGGCUCUUCAGUCGAAGCUAUCGGAAAGCGAGGAGACUGUCGCUAAUCUCAAGGCCGAGCUUGAAACCGUGAAUGAAAAACUGGGUCAAAUUUCUAUUUCUGGCGAAAAGACUGUUGAUGACAGCGCCGUUGCUGAAUCAGUCCGCGUAGAACAUGCCGCAGAGUUAGAGAAGUUGACUUCUUCUCAUGCGGAAGAGCUUCAGUCUCUCCAGACCCGACUCGACGAGGCAGAGAAGGAGCGCAAGGAGUUGGAAGAGAAAGCCCAGAAGGAGCUGGAAGAAGCCAAGCAAUCUGCCACUGCUACUGGCGAUGACCAGACUGCUGCUGCGCUCGAUUAUCUGAAGCAAACCCACAAAGCUCAACUGGAGAGCCUUGAAAAGGAAUUGGCCGACCAUAAGGUUGCUGCUACCACCUUUGAAGAGCAGAUCAAGACUCUUCAGGCAGAGAUUGAUUCGGAAAAGGCUACCCGGGAGGAAGAGAAAGGACAGUUUGAAAAUCUCAACCGAGAAUUCAAGGGGGCCAGCCAGGUUAUUGAGAACCUGGAGGUUGAGCUGCAAAAGCUGGACGCUACCAAACAAGAAGCAGUAGCUGCAAAGGAGGCUGCUGAUGAUUCUGUGUCGGGUAUGAAGGACCAGAUUGCUUCCCUCGAAGCCAAGCUUGCGGUUGCCGAAUCGUCCACUCAACAGAGCUCAGAGCAAACAACCAGCUCGCUUGCUGAGAAGGACCAGCAAAUUGCCGACCUCGAGCAAGCCAUCGAAAAGAUGCAGGUUGAAAUUGAGGAAGCACGCAAGGAUGCUGCCAAUGCCAAAGAGCUUGAGUCUUCCCACAAAGCUGCGAUUGCCGCCCUGAAGGCUGAGCAUGAGAAUGCUUUGAGUUCUCUCUCGGAGAGGCAUGCAGCGGAUCUCACUGUUGCGAAGGCCGCGGCCGAAUCGACUAGUACUGAGCACUCCCAGCAGCUUCAGGAACUCCGUGAUGCCCUGGACGCUGCCAAGACAGCCAGCCAAGGAGACCAUGACCGUGCCAUCUCUGACCUUAAGGCCGCAAAUGAAAUCAAACUCAAGUCUCUCCAGGACAAGCUCGAUUCCUCGGAGAAGGCUCUCGAGGACUCCCGUCGGGCUUUAGAUGAGGGCAGCGCUUCCGCUCAGGAAGAUGCUGUCCACACAAUUGAGUCUUUGCGCCAAAAGGUCGAAUCACUUGAAACUCAACUCUCAACUGGAACUGGCGAGAUCAAGACCCUGCAACAGGAAGUUCAGGCCAAGCAGGCCGAAGCGGAAGAGUUGUAUCGCAGCCUAAAGAAUGUCGAGGGCGAGUAUAAAUCCAAGGAUGUCCUGCAGAAUACCAAGAUUAAGGAGCAGGAUGACAAGCUCAAGGCUCUAGAGGAGAAGGCUGCAGAGGCGACAGCUCUCUUGGCUGCGGCUACCGAAAAACACGAUCAAGACCUGCAGGCCGUGAAGAGCGAGCAUGCGACUGAACUUGAACGAGUCCAGCGAGAAGCCUCAGGCUCCUACGAGGGCGCUCUCAGUGAACUUCAGCAGAAACAUGAUGAGCUCUUCGCCAAGAACCGCGAUCUGGAGGCCAGCCAUGCCACCCGCGUUCAGUCUCUCGAAGCCGAGUUGAAGUCUACCCUGGAGCGUCAUGCGGCAGAGCUUGCAGCUCACACUGAAUCUCGUGACAAGGACGUUGAGUUGCAGAAACAAACUCAAGAAACCAACGCCAAGCUUCAAGCUGAGUUCGAGGCCUUGCAAGUAGCCAACAAGGCCGAUAAGGAGGACCAUGCCAAGCAGAUCGCUGAGCUCCAGAAGGGCUUUGACGAAACCCAGGCCAAGUUCCAGGCCGAGCUUGAAGCGACUCAAGCCUCAAAGACUGCUGAUGCCGACGCUGAGCACGGAAAGGCCAUUGAGGAACUUCUUACUCUGCAAGAGACGAAAAUUGCCGGCCUCAAGGAGCAGCUCGAAGCCACAAAUAAGGCCAACAUUGAGGAGCUUCAGAAAUCCCACGAGGCUGCUUUGGCCCAGGCCAACGAGCAGCUUUCCCACGCUAAGUUGGCUGCGCAGGAUACCUCUGCUCUGGACGGCUUGAAGGCAACUGUCACGGAACUUGAACAGAAGCUGGCGGAGUCGGAGAAGGCCCACCUUGCAGUCCAGGAAUCAGCGACUACUGCUUCCCGCGAACUUCAAGACAAGCAUGCUUCUGAGCUUUCCAAGAUCCAGACUGAGCACGCGGCACUGACUGAAAAGCACUCGGCGGCCACCACUCAAAUCGAAGAGCUUCAGAAGUCCAUCGCUACGUCUAGCAACAACCAGUCUGAUCUUGAAUCAAUCAUGGCACAGCUUACUCAAUCUCAAGCUGAGAUUGAGACUCUGAAGAUAAAGUACAAUUCUGCGAGCCACGAACUCGAGGAAAUCCGUGUCCUGAACAAGACUUUGGAGGAGAAGCUUGCUGCUGGUGAGCGGGACUUGAACGACCAGAUUGACAAGAACAUGUCUCUCCUCAACCAACUCGGCGACGUUGAUAGCGCCAUCUCCGGUAGUCGCCGCCGUGUUCGAGAGCUCGAGGCUGAGCUGGCUGCUUUCAAGACGGAUGCUGAGAAGAACGGCGCCUCGUCUGGUCUCGAUUCCAGCCGCUGGGCAUCGGCAGAGGAGGGUGAAGAGAAAGCUGAGGAGGGAGGUCCAGCCACAACGGAAGGUGAGGACCUUGGCCCAUCCAUCGAGGGAACGAUGGCCAGCAUUCAGGAGCAGCUUAAGCACAUCCGAUCCGCGAAUGAUGAGUGGUACGGCGAGCAUCGCAAACUCCUCGGAGAAUUGGCCCAGCUCUCCCGCCGAGUUACCCCCGACCCUCGAAGUGACUCCUCGGACCCCCAUCCUGAAACCGCAGCUGCAGCACAAGAAUCGGAAAGCAAUCGCAGUCGAUCUGAUGAAGCCUCUGACUCCCGUUAA